GGAACGCGUUGCGGGACAUCACGUGAUAAGGAGCUCCAGCUUGGAUCAUUAACGCGACCUCACUUUUUCUCGCGUCGUCGCAACCUCCCGUCAUCAGCUCUUCAUUCCUUCAGCUUCCCCCCGUCACUCUAGAUCACGAUUCCAUCAGAAACGAUGGCCGAGAUCAAGAUUGACAGCAAGCUCUUCCAGGAGCGCAUCUCCCACUUUGUCACUGCCUGGAAGAAUGACCUGCGCUCCAAGGAUGGCCUGUUCAACGGCGCUCAGUCCCUCAUUGUGAUGAUGGGCAAAGUUGAAGAGAUCCCUGAAUUUCACAAGAACAAUGCGAUUCACUUCUGGCUUCUUGGAUACGAGUUUCCGACGACCCUUAUGUUGUUCACCCUGGACACGUUGUACAUCCUCACAACAGCAAAGAAAGCCAAGCAUCUCGAACAGCUGAAAGGGGGCCGAUUUCCAAUCGAAGUCCUUGUGCGAGGCAAGGAUGCCGCCGAAAACGAGAAGCUCUUCAUCAAGCUUGCCGACAAGAUUAAGGAGGCAGGAAACAAGGUCGGCACCAUUGCCAAAGACACCUCCCGAGGACCCUUCGUCGAUGAGUGGAAGAAGCUCUUCAACGAUCAGUGCAAGGAUGUGACCCAGGUCGACAUUUCCGCCGCCCUUUCUACCUACGCCUUUGCCGUAAAGGACGAGAGCGAACUCCGAGCCAUGCGAACCGCCUCCAAGGCUUGUGUUGCCUUGAUGACCCCCUACUUCCUUGACGAAAUGUCCAACAUCCUCGAUGCCGAAAAGAAAGUCAAACACUCCGCACUCGCCGACAAGGUCGAUAAGAAGCUCGACGACAACCAAUUCUGGAAGACAGUCGAGUUGCCUAGCAAGGGCAAACUUCCCUCGGACCUCGAUCCCGCUCAGUUGGACUGGAUUCUGGGACCUUCGAUCCAGAGCGGUGGCAAGUACGAUCUUCGAUUUGCCGGUGAACCCAACGACGAAAACCUUCACGCGAACAUCAUCAUUGCCGCCAUGGGGCUUCGGUACAAGUCUUACUGUUCUACCAUCGCCCGAACCUACCUCGUCGACCCCAACAAGUCUCAGGAGAGCAACUAUAAGCUUCUUACUCUCAUCCACAACACUAUCAUCAAGGAGAUUCGUGAUGGUAUGACAGCGAAGGAGGUUUAUGGCAGGGCCAUCAGCAUUAUAAAGAGCAAGAAGCCAGACAUGGAGAAGCAUUUCCUAAAGAACGUUGGUUGGGGUAUCGGAUUAGAGAACAAGGAUCCUACUUUGAUUCUCAACGCCAAGAACCAGCGGGUUCUGAAGGACGGUAUGACUCUCAUCAUCAAUACUGGAUUCCAAGACAUCGAGAACCCGUCCCCCCAGGAUAAGAACAGCAAGAUCUAUGCGCUCGUCCUGACCGACACUAUACGAGUCACUUCGGCAGAGCCCGUGGUGUUCACGGCUGAGGCCCCAACAAGCGCCGAUGCUAACUCGUUUUUCUUCAAGGAUGAUGAAGAAGCAGAGCCUGCCCCUAAGAAGGAGAAGAAGGACUCGCGAGUUGGCGCCGUUGCGACCAAGAAUAUCACAAGCACAAGACUUCGCUCAGAACGCACAACCCAAGUCGCUAACGACGACCUUGAGAAGAAGCGACGGGAGCAUCAGAAGGAACUUGCAGCGAGAAAGCAAAGGGAGGGUCUCGCCAGGUUUUCAGAAUCCACGAGUGGCCAAAACGGUGGCGAGGUCAAGAAGUUCAAGCGUUUCGAGUCUUACAAGAGAGACAAUCAGUUUCCCAGCAAGAUCAAGAACCUCGAGGUUGUCGUCGAUAUCAAGAACAACACAGUCGUUUUACCCAUCAUGGGCCGCCCUGUUCCUUUCCACAUCAACACUAUCAAGAACGCGAGUAAAAGCGACGAGGGUGACUGGGCAUUCUUGCGUAUCAAUUUCCUAUCCCCUGGCCAGGGUGUAGGCCGGAAGGAUGACCAGCCCUUCGAAGAUGCAUCGGCGCACUUCGUUCGAAGUUUGACCUUCCGAUCGUCUGAUGGUGAGAGAUACAAUGAAAUAGCGACUCAGAUCUCCAACAUGAAGCGCGAUGUGGUUAAGAAGGAGCAGGAAAAGAAGGACAUGGAGGAUGUCGUCGAGCAGGACAAACUCGUCGAGAUAAGGAACCGACGACCGGCUGUGCUGGACAACGUUUACAUCCGUCCAGCCAUGGAAGGCAAGAGAGUACCAGGCAAGGUCGAGAUUCACCAGAACGGUAUACGAUAUAUCUCGCCCCUCAACGCACAGCACCGAGUGGAUAUACUGUUUUCCAACGUCAAGCACCUGUUUUUUCAACCUUGUCAGCACGAGUUGAUUGUCAUCAUUCACAUUCAUCUCAAGGACCCGAUCAUUGUUGGCAACAAGAAGAAGACGAAGGAUGUUCAGUUCUACCGAGAAGCCACAGACAUUCAGUUCGAUGAGACGGGUAACCGCAAGCGAAAGUACCGUUAUGGUGACGAGGAUGAGUUCGAGGCAGAACAAGAGGAACGACGUCGCAGAGCCGAGUUGGAUCGACUGUUCCAAGGCUUUGCUCAGAAGAUUGCCGAGGCUGGCCGCAACGAAGGCAUCGAGGUCGACAUGCCUGUUCGUGACCUUGGUUUCCAUGGUGUGCCAUUCCGAAGCAAUGUCUUUGUGCAACCUACCACGGACUGCCUCAUUCAGGUUGUCGAGCCUCCUUUUAUGGUCAUUACCAUUGAGGAAGUUGAGAUUGCCCACCUGGAACGUGUUCAGUUCGGCCUGAAGAACUUUGAUAUGGUCUUUGUCUUCAAGGAUUUUACACGGCCCCCUUACCACGUCAACACCAUCCCCGUCGAGUUCCUUGACCAGGUCAAGGAAUGGCUCGACUCCUCGGAUAUCGCCUACACAGAAGGUCCUCUUAACCUCAACUGGCCAACUAUCAUGAAGACAGUCACUGCGGACACCCACCAGUUCUUUGCUGAUGGUGGUUGGUCUUUCUUGCAAGCUGACUCUGACGAUGAUGAUGGCGAGGGUGAGUCUGAGCAAGAAUCGGCCUUUGAGAUGGACGAGGACGAAUUCGAUGAGGAGUCUGAAUCAAGUGACGAAGGAUCCGAUUUUGGCAGCAAUGCAAGCGAUGACGACGAAGAUGCAGAGCUCGACAGUGACGAAGAGGGUGAGGAUUGGGAUGAGCUCGAGCGCAAGGCCAAGAAGCGCGAUCGUGAGAGUGCCAUGGAGGAUGAAGACCGAGGAGGCAAGAAGAAGCGCAAGCGCUAAACGGUGACAUAAUGACUGGGUUUCUGGGUGAGAAGGCGAUGUUUCUUUUUGGGCGUGACUUAGGAUGAGGGGACGCUGGCUGGUUGCUUCACCAUUUGUACUAAAAACAUACAAUUUUCCUACUUGGUUUUCACGUUUAGCUGCAGGCCCUCGAGUUCCUUCAACGGCACAUGUAGGCUGCAGAACAUCAUAUCUCAAAUAGCUGGUCUGGUAAGGAUUUUUUUUUAUAGUUCCUUCGCUCGGCGAUAUCGAUAUCGAUAUAGUCAGGAUGGGUCAAGGGCAGUCGUAUCAGACACAAUAAGAUAAUUCAUGAUUGUGAGCGAUUUUACAUUGUAAUUCUUUGGC